UCUGGGGACGUUUCGACAACACGCGUUUGGGAAGAUUACCGUCAAUGCAAUUUGACAUUUAAGCAUAAAUCAAGGGAAUGAAUCAAACAAUAACUAAAUUGUCACGGCUACUUAAACAUGUUCCAUCAAGGGACAAUGUCUUUCAUUUUAUACACAGCGACAGUAUUUAUUCUAGGACUACGUACAGAAGUUUGCGAUCCGCAUCGAAUAGAAAACCUCUAGCAAUCACAUGUUUAAAUGGAGACUUUGAUUUAAUAAGAAAUCUACAAAGUCAAAGGUUCUAUGCAACCCAAAAACAGAAUGAAAAUAAGAAAGAAAUUGUGAAAGCCAAAGAGGGUCCUUAUUCGGGGUUGACACGCGGAGAAAAAGUGAAGGAAGCUGGAAAAGAUAUCUCCUAUGGUUUGGUCAUUCUGGUUGGCGUCGGUAUAACAGGGAUCAUUUUCUAUGUGGUUGGCCGAGAGCUGUUCUCAUCGCAGAGUCCAAGUGGUAUAUAUGGAAAUGCUUUAAAGAAAUGUAUGGAGAAUGAUCAAUUGAUCAGUAUGCUGGGUGAGCCAAUGAAAGGCUAUGGUGAGAUGACGAGACGUCGGCGUAGAAGACAUGUCAGCCAUCAAGAGUUUGAGAGUGGUGGCGUGAAACACAUGAGGAUGCGCUUCUAUGUUGAAGGCCCGCAUGGAAAGGCCACCGUCACUGCGGAGAUGAAGCAGAACGAAGCAGGGAGAUACGAGUACCGCUACGUUGUUGCUGAGUUGCAGGGCUACCCAGCGCGGACUGUGUUAGUUGUGGACAAUACGUGAUACACACCUGUACAUUGUGUGUGACGUGUGUGCUGACGCCUCAGUAGUGACUUGUAUAACUGUUAGCAUCGCCGGAGGAUGUGUUGUUUGAUACAGUUUAAGGUGUGUGUAUGGACAACUUGUUUCCAACUUUAUCACCAGACCAUAAUGAUUGUCAGUUAACUUUAAUUUCACGAAACCCUACGGUGAUAUGAGUAGCUAUUGGUAAUAUACAUAAAUAAAAAAUAUGAUCCAGAAAAUCAUGUCAUAAGUAAAAACAUUGUUCAUACUUCAGUCUCAACAAAUCAGUUUGUUACAUAUUAAUAUCAGAUCUUUAUUUCAAAUACAACACCUCUCCGUGGAGGAUCUGACAAAAAUUAAGUCACAUCAGGUGAACAUUCUAACCAGCAUUGAGGCUUCUAAAUACUCAAAACAAGAGAGCAAGCUUUCAGGAUAACAUAUCUCAUUUCUGUGUCUCAAUAUGAACAUAAACAGGCAGCUUUGAAUGGAAAUAAUAAAGGCUGCCUUAUUUUAUUGCUUUCAGGAUAACAUAUCUCAUUUCUGUGUCUCAAUAUGAACAUAAACAGGCAGCUUUGAAUGGAAAUAAUAAAGGCUGCCUUAUUUUAUUGUUGGUAUUCUAUACACCUGUGACUUAGGCACCAUGGCUUCUACACCUACAAUGGGAGGAAUAUUUAUUGUUCUGUGUGGUUUUCUUUCUAAACAGAAGUAAAGAAAUUAAGUUUAAUCAUUUUAAAACCUUGACAUCUAAAUAACUCAAGAAAAUGGUAACCUUCAUUUGGUCUUGGUGGUCAAAGUUCAGUAUCUGGGUUCACCUGUCUAGACUUUAUAUGAAGGUUUUGGCAGACCUUCAGCACAUCUGAUUUUAAUGAGAUUUGAUCCUUGAGAUGUCUAAACACUCGUUUCAUGAAUUCAAAAACAGUCAUAAAUUACUGAAAAGCUGAAAUAGCAAUUUAUACUGUUUCAUUACCCAUUACAAUGUUAUACUAGCCAGUGAAAUUUGCUACAAGGAAAGUGAGAGUGUCAAACACUGUAUUUUAAACCAAAACUUUAACAAGAAUACAGUAUGAUGUACUGUAUAUACCAACUAUGCUAUGUUGUGUGUCAUGUAUACUAUGCACAGGAUAUUUAUAGUUCCAUUGCUAUUUUCAAUUUACCAAAGGAUCAUAUAUUCUAGAAAAUAUACAAUCAUGCUUGAUGAGGACUUACGGACCUACCAGUCAAUAUUCUGGGGGAGGCGGGGCUCAAGUUCUGUUAGAGACAGGAUAGAUUUUGUUUCUAUUUCAAAACACUUCUUUUUGUGAGAGAUGCCUAACAAUUUUUAAAAAAUUCUCUGCUCACUUUUUUCAGAGAUUUUAUUUUUAUAUUUGGUAAAACCUGUUGAUAUUUUUUUUUCUGGAACAAAUUUGGGAUGGCCAAACAAAUCCCAUGCCCCUCCCUAGAAUAUCAGAUGGUCACACACCUUCAGUGUUUUGAUACAAACUAAAGAAUAAACUAUAUGAAUGAUU